CUCCCUCCCUGCCGGCCUGCCUCCUCCUGCUCGCCUGGGCGGCCGCCUGCUCCGAUGGGAGCCCGACGCCAGCGGGGCCAGAGCGGACGCAUCAGCCAGCCCUAGCCGCCUCCGCCUGGGGAGUCUUGGAGGAUGGAGCCGGUGAGCAAGUGGAGCCCCAAGCAAGUGGUCGAGUGGACCAAGGGUUUGGAUGAUUGCCUGCAGCAAUAUGUCACAAAAUUUGAACGAGAGAAGAUAAAUGGAGCUCAGCUGUUACAGAUUUCCCACCAGGAUCUCGAAGAGUUGGGCAUCACCCGGAUUGGACAUCAGGAGCUCGUUUUAGAGGCUGUGGACCUUCUCUGUGCACUGAAUUAUGGCCUUGAAACAGACAACAUGAAGAAUUUGGUUCUGAAGUUACGAGCGUCUUCUAACAAUCUGCAAAAUUACAUCAGUAGCCGGAGAAAAAGUUCAAAUUAUGAUGGAAAUACCUCACGCAAACCCCCGAAUGAAUUUCUUACCUCAGUAGUAGAGCUCAUUGGUGCUGCCAAGACUUUACUGACAUGGCUGGACAGGACUCCGUUUACUGGGAUAGCUGACUUUUCUAUGACAAAGAACAAAAUCAUUCAGCUGUGCUUGGAUUUGACCACCACUGUUCAGAAGGACUGUCCUGUAGCUGAAAUGGAAGAUAAAGUUCUCAGUGUGUCCAAGGUUUUAAAUGGAAUUUGUGAUAAAACAAUCAGGUCAACAGCAGAUCCAUUGAUGAGCCAAGGAGCAUGUCUUGAGGAGGUUCAUUUAACCAACAUCAAACCCGGAGAAGGCCUGGGAAUGUAUAUAAAAUCUACUUAUGAUGGAUUGCAUGUUGUUACUGGAACAACAGAAAACUCUCCUGCUGAUAAGUCUCAGAAAAUCCAUGCUGGUGAUGAAGUGAUCCAGGUGAAUCGCCAGACUGUGGUGGGAUGGCAGCUGAAAAAUCUCGUGAGGAAGCUCCGUGAGAAUCCUUCUGGUGUUAAUUUGCUAGUGAAGAAACGCCAUACAGGCUCUUUCAACUUUACUCCCGCCCCACUAAAAAACCUAAGGUGGAAGCCACCACUAGUUCAGCAGACCAGUCCACCUCCAACUACUACUCAAUCCCCAGAAAGCACCAUGGAGACUACUUCACUGAAAAAAGAGAAGCCUGCCAUUCUGGACCUCUACAUACCUCCUCCACCAGCUAUUCCAUAUGCUCCUCGGGAUGAAAAGGGGAGCUUCCUUUAUGGAGGAGGAAAUAAACCGAAGCAGCCCUUACCUGGUUCCAAAGGUGCAGAAUCCCCCAAUUCAUUCCUGGAUCAGGAGUUCAGGAGGCGAAGGUUUACUCUUACUGAUACUGAUCCACUGCCUGGCCAUCCAACGGGAGCAAAUAUGCUACCAGCAAAAAUGAGAGAAAAAACACAAUCCUAUGGAAAGCCUCGCCCAUUGUCAAUGCCAGCAGACGGGAACUGGGUGGGAGCUGCAGAGCCUUUCUCGAAGCCCAGAGGAAUGGGGAGAAAAGGUGAAAACGUUCUCUGCCGCUACUUCAGCAAUGAGAGAAUCCCACCUAUAAUUGAAGAAAGUUCCCCAUUGCAGCACCAGUUUUCCAGGCCUAUGGCAGAAAGGCAGUUAGUCAGGGGCGCAGACUACAUCCGAGGAAGUCGGUAUUUUGUUAACAUGGAUCUUCACAACAGUGCCACCAUCCCUUUCCAGGAGGAUGGUGCCAAAAAGCCACCUGUGCCCCCCUCCACUACAAAGUCCUCUUCAACUGAACCCUCCCUGCUGGUCAGCUGGAUCACACGGCUCAAACUAUUGACUCACUGAGUUUACUGACUGGACUAUGAUUAUUUUGGUGAUGGGGAGGAGAUCUGUUACCAAGUGCCUUCCCCUCUCCAUCACUUCUAGGUCAAGAAGCUCUGCAUUAUCUACAGAGUUAUUUAGUAGUUAACAUGUUUUUUUUAAUUUAUCUACACAGAGAAGCUUGCUGUUUUCCCAGAUGUUGCUGUAUCAAAUUCACUGGAAUUGUAGUGUGUGUGUGUGUGUGUGUGUAUAAAGAGAUGGAUGUGAGAGAAACCAUAAAUUUUAGUUUAUCUGCUCAAGAAUGGAGGGGAGUUCUGUCCUCUGAAGAAAAGUUAUCAGGCUUGAGUGAUUCUGACGACCUGAAAUCCACGUGACUCAUGCUGAGCAAUCUCUGCAUCGUAAUGAGGCCUGGUGGCACUUCAUUUGCUACAAUACUCUCAAUGUCGUGCAGCCUACUGGACGUGCAGCUGAUGUAGCACUCAGCAAAAAGCCUGAGCUGCAAUCCUGAGCAAGAAAAAAGAAGAGAAGGAGACGUCAUUCCCCCCUCCUUUUAAAUGAUGUGUUGGGUAUGGCAAGUGACUGCAGACAACUCAACUCUAAGGAAUAAAAAGGCAGUUUCUUCCUUUCUUCUGAUAAGCUACAAAUGUGAGCUUCUUCUGGUUGAUAUCCCAGUUGUUAAAAUCUUAGUGCAGUUCAACUACUCUUCCCUGAAUUGCUGCAGUUCUCAUCCAAUUAAGAUAUGGAUUGCUACAACAUGCCAAGGAAAUGCAUCUCUAGGGACAAUGGUAAAGACAAAAAUAUACUGUUGUUGUUUUUUUAAAAUCCAUAAAUGAUGAAGACUGAAUAGCUUUUAACCAAAGUGUUCUGAAAAGAACUCCUUCGGGGUUUUGGUGCAUCCCGAGUAGUUCAAGGUUGAACUGGUUUGAUCAUAUUUGUGCUUUAAAGACCGACUUGUGAUAAAUUAACACUUUUGUAAGAUGGUUUUGACAGUUUUUUAAACCAUUGGCAGAAAAACUACUUUGCUCUUAUUGAUUUUAGUUACAUUUGGUCAGAAUUUGGGUGAUCUGUACAAUGGAGAAUUUGGAAAAGUCUUUGGAUGUUAAGAAUUUGUAGAGAAGUUUUGUUAGACGUGCAAAGAAUAUUCUGUUUAAAAUAAUUUAAAAGUUUAUAAUUGUGCUGUAUUUUUUAACCUUAAGCAGUUUUUACAUUUCUUUCUUACAGAAGACUACUACAAUUCUGCACUAAUCAGCUAGUGUAAAAAGCUGUUAAUUUCCUUACCCACAGAAAUAACAAUCAAAUCAUGUCAUUUGGAUAGUCUCAAAAUACCUCCCGGGCUUUUAUUCUAGACUGAAAAGAUUUUACACUGCUAUUUAACAUUAUCAGAUUGACCUUAAAAAAAACUGUAUUGAGCAGGUCUUCUUCCUUUCCUUUUAAAUAGGUCUGGGAUAUAUAUUUGGAAAUGUGUAAUUCUGGAAAUGAUGUUUUUUUUUCAGCUUGGAAAGACAGAUGUUAAAUUAAUUUGUGUAGGAAACUGAUACAACUUUAUCAGAUUCACUGGAUUUGCACUAGUUUUACCAUUAAAAAUACACAUGUUUAUAA